AAAGGCUCUGAUAAAAGUCAAGUGGAAGCUGUCCUGUGUGAGCAGUUUGGGAUAUGAUAAUGAUCAAAUCAUAUCAAUUAUGAUAAUUCUCGUAGGUCUCUUCCUCCCUUGAGGUCUGUGACAGCACAACCUGCGGCUGGCCUGUUUGAUUACCACAUUUUAACCAUGUGUUAUGUUUUCCCUGUACUGUACCAGUAACAAAAGCUCAGUUUUCACUCCAUGGUUGUUUCUAUGAUUCUAUAAACAAGGUGCUCAGGGACAUGGUUUAGUGGCAGAUUGGAAUAGUUGGACUCAAUGAUCCAAGAGGUCCUUUCCAACCUAGUGAUUCUGUGAUUCUAAAACUGGGUGUUUGUUGACGAUGUGUAGGCGCUGUCGGCAGACCAAGUGAAGGGCUGAGGGUUAUCAUCAGAACUUAACAUUGCAUCGAGGGAUGAGUGAAAGCUCGGCUUUAAAAAAACCCUGCACUCUUCUGGGAGAAUUUGCUCUAUCUGCUCGUUGGAUGGUUUGGUAUUCUAACUAGCCUGGACUUCCUCACAAAUCACUUGCUUGGUUUGCCAUCCCUUCAGAAGAGAAUUGGAUGCAAGUCCUCCAGCCUGCUUUAAGUUGAUUGCCAAGUUCGCUUGAAAGAACCCAAAAGGACCCAGCAGAAGAUGUUUCAUGUUGUUCAGUAUCGGCCUUUAAUAAUCCAAAAGAAUCUUUCUAGCAUGUGUUUAAAACUCAUGUUUUCCAGACCUGUUGCAUUUGCAGAGAUAUGGAAGUCCUGGUUCUCAAGCCAUUCUCUUGUUGGAAACAAAAAUAUUAUCCUGAUGGGCCUGCCAGGUGCUGGGAAAACAACAGUUGGGAGAAUAGUAGGUCAGAAACUAGAUUGCCCCGUCAUAGACAUAGACGACAAUGUCCUUGAAGCAACCUGGAAUAUGAGUGUGUCGGAAAAACUGAAGGAUGUUGGUAAUGAGCAAUUUUUGGAGGAGGAAGGAAAAGCCCUGUUGAAGUUUUCAGCGUCUGGAAGUGUCAUUUCCCUUACUGGGUCCAAUCCAAUGCAUUCUGCUGCCAUGCAGCAUAUGAAGAAAAAUGGAAUAGUUGUGUAUCUGGACGUACCCACACCAGUCAUUUUGAGCAGGCUGAAAUCAAUGAAAGUGGAUCGCAUUGUGAGCCAGUCUCCUGGUAUUUCCCUUAAGGACAUACUUCAGUUUAGGAAGCAGUUUUACAAAAGGUGGUAUGACAUCCGCGUUCUUUGUGGCUGGGAUAUUGCAGCAGAGGUAGCAGAAAAGGUACUUGAUGCUGUGAAGAAAUACCAAAACUCAGAACUGGAAUCUUUCAUUUCAACUCGAUCCAGUGCGUCUGGAAGGAGUAUGGAAAAAGACUCUUGUAAAUAUUUCAGUGAUGUUGUUACUGAGGGCUUAGCCCCUGAUGGAGGACUCUUUGUUCCCAAGAGAGGACUUCCAAAAUUUACUGCUGGAGAAUGGCAAAGCCUAAUAGAAUCAACUUACAUUGAAAGAGCGCAGGUGAUACUAGAAAGAUGCAUACAUCCUGCUGAUAUUCCUGCUUCUAAGCUGGCUGAAAUUAUUGGAACUGCUUAUGGAGAAAACUUUACUUGUUCUAAAAUUGCCCCAGUUAGGCAUCUGACAGGCAAUCAGUUUCUCCUGGAGUUAUUUCAUGGACCAACAGCAUCAUUUAAAGAUUUUGCAUUACAGAUGGUGCCACAUAUAUUUGCAUACUGCAUUCCCAGAAGCUGUAAUUACUUGAUUCUGGUAGCUACUUCUGGUGACACAGGGAGUGCUGUCUUAGAUGGCUUUAGUCGUCUCCAUGAUGCUGACAAACAGAGAAUUGCUGUGAUGAAUUUUUUUCCUGAGAAUGGGGUAAGCCCGAUUCAAAAAUCACAGAUGAUUGGCUGUCAGAAAGAAAAUGCGUGGUCAGUAGGUGUCAAAUCUGAUUUUGAUUUUUGCCAGACAGCUAUUAAGCAAAUCUUUACUAAUUCUGAUUAUACUGGCUUUCUUACAGUAGAAUACGGAACAGCCUUAGCUGCGGCAAACUCCAUAAACUGGGCACGACUGCUCCCUCAGAUAGUAUAUCAUGCCUCUGCAUACCUUGAUCUUGUUCAUCAAGAUAUUAUUCCUUUUGGAAGCCCUGUAGAUGUAUGCAUUCCUACAGGGAACUUUGGCAACAUACUAGCAGCUUUGUAUGCUAAAAUGAUGGGAAUUCCUAUUAGGAAAUGUAUUUGUGCUUCUAAUGAAAACAAUGUUUUGACUGACUUCAUAAGAACAGGUGUUUAUGAUUUGAGGGGAAGAAAAAUAAUUCCCACUUUUUCACCAGCAGUAGAUAUUUUGAAGUCCUCCAAUCUUGAGCGAUACUUGCACUUGAUUGCUAAUGAGGAUGGACAACUGGUAACGCAAUUAUAUAACCAGCUGGAAAAUAAGGGCCAUUUCCAGCUAGAGAAAGAUCUUCUUGAAAAGCUACAGCAAGACUUGGUGGCUGGCUGGUGCUCUGAGGAGGACUGUCUGGCUGCCAUUCACUCAGUAUACAGUACUACAGGAUAUAUUUUGGAUACACACACAGCUGUUGCAAAAGUAGUUGCAGAUCGAUUACAAGACAGAACUUGCCCAGUUAUUAUUUCAUCUACCGCUCAUUAUUCUAAGUUUGCACCUGCUAUCUUGAGGGCCUUGAGGAUUGCAGAAAUAAAACAGAAUCCAUUGAGUCAGCUUCACUUGCUGAGUUCUUACAGCCCGCUGCCUCCGGUCCACUGGGGUCUAUUAGAGACACUUAAAAAGACGGGGAAUGAGGAUCACCAGGUCUGUGCUGCGGAUAUGAGUAUGCUGAUGUCCCAUAUAGAAACCUUAAUUCAAAAUCAUUUUAUGAAAGUUUUCUGAGCAGCUACUCAGAUGCCCACUGUGUCAAUUGUGGUACCUUCUUAACAAGAUGCAUGUUGUAGUGAAGUCAUCAUUCAUCUGGUCUGUGUCCAUUCCACAGCAUAAUGUCCAUGGUUUUAUACUCAAUUGUGAAGUUUUCAACAGAGUUUGUAAGCAAGGCACCUGAGAUUUCUAGCAGUGUUGAAAGGUUGUGAACUGAGAGUGUAGAAGAUGACUACUUUUUUGAUGGCCAUACAUAGUAGAGAUGGCAGUGGUGCUGGCUGUUCUUGAUGGUGCCGUCUCUUUCACAAGCCUGAAGCACAGAGGAAGAUAAUGAAAUUUGACCUUUCUGAAACUAUUAGCUCUUGCUUUGUUGCAAGUAUGAUGUGAUCAUUUGGUCAGUGGGUGAUUAGUUAAACAUUAACUCACCUCACUUAGGACACUGAAAUAUAAUAAGAUUGUAAUCAUGUUUGUGUGUUACUAAUGAGAGUUGAUUUCUCUACAAAGAUUGAAGUAUGCUUGUAUUGUUAAUCCUUGAACCAUUCAUUUUGGUGGCUUGUUAUCUUCUUGUAUAAUACUUUUAUGUAUUGCAAGGCCAGCAUUUAUGUAAAAAAAUCUAAUUAUUUUGUUUUUCAAUCUUUUUUUUCUCCCAGAUAUUUUCCUUUGUAAAAUAGCAUCUUUUAUUCAAUAUUUUUAAUAAUUUUUGAGAUGUGAUUCUUCCUCCAGUGUGUUAUGUUCUUUUUCCUAGAUCUUUUCUACUUGAACUUUCAACUUUAGAAUCCUUUUCUAAUGCUAUAGCAGUAUUAGCAGCAGUCUCCUUAAGUAGGAACCAGACUUGACCAUUUAUUUACAUUUUUUGUGUAUUCUGAGUUUUCAGAAUAAACAUUUUGUCUUAGAGGUCAUAUAGCUUUCUUGUUCUGAUGACUUCUGGUUUAAUAUCUUUCUUAAAUUAACUUCCUCGACAUUCUAUUUUAUUCAUGUUUUGCUUGAAUUAGUAUAAGAAAAAAGCAAAGCUUCCAAAAGUACUUGGAAUCCCAUCAAGGAAGGUGAUGUUGAAUCCCAGUGUCUGGAAAGUGUGAUAGCAUCAGAGGUCUUCAUUGUGUAACCUAAAGUAGAUCUAUACUAGCAAUCUGUUUUUGCUAAUGACAGGCUGUUUAUUGUUUUUUUUGCAUCAAAAAAAAUAGAGCAGGUUGCCCUAGGAGAUCAUGUCACUAUGGACAAACUUACUAUGCUAACUGUAGAUCAUAUUUGGCACGGGCAUAAAGUAUACCACAUUUCACACUAAGAGAACUGGUGAAAUGAUGUAUUGACAAGUUUUGAAUGGCACGCAGUUACAGGUAAAGACUUAAGAGUCAUCAGAUGUGAGGAGCUGUGGUUAUGGGAGGUUGUGGUUCCCACCAAGAUUCAGACAGGAAAGUAUUGGCAAGAGAGGUGUUAACAUUUUUUGCCUCUUUGAGAGUCAGCAUCACCUAGAUGUUGGGACUCCUGGAGCUUUGAACUGUUCCCAUAUCCCCCAGCUUUCUCUGUGUGUCCACUUGUAGGUUUUGCCCUGUUAGAGGCAAAGAAGAUACCAUCUGGCAAACUGUUUUAAAAAAUGGUCAUUUCUCCCAGUGUAAAGUUAAAGGCCCAAACGUGCAUUUGCUGCAGUGAAUAGAUUUUACAGUAAGAUUAAAUGGAGCUAAUAACAAAGGUGCAACAGAAUAGCUCUCUAUAUUCUGCCAUUCUUGGAUGCCUUUUUAGGACUUUUGUAGUUCUUUUUUCUGCUCAGUCCUCACUUUCUGUUCCUAAAGUAACAUUGGAUAAUAAUUUCUCAUUUUUAUUUUCACAGACUCAUAGAACAGCCCAAGUUGGAAGGGACCUCAAAACAUGAUCUGGUCCAACCUUUUGUGGGAAAGGGAGCUUAGAUGAGAUUAUCUAGCACCCUACUCAGUCACAUCUUAAAAACAUCCAGUGAUGGGGACUUUACCGCAUCCCUGGGGAGGUUGUUCCAGUGACUGAGUGUUCUCACUGUGAGAAAUUUCUUUCUUGUAUCAAGAUGAAACUUCUGGUGCAACUGGUAGCCAUUUGCUCUUAUUGUGGCGAGACCUUCCGUCCUCUUCCUUGCCACCAUUUAAAUACUGGUGAAAAACUGUAAUGAUGUGCCACCUGAACCUCCUCUUCUCCUGGGUGAAGAUAUCUAAGACAUUCAGUCUCUUCUCAUCGUGCAAAGGAAUUUUCAUUAUUUUCCAGACACAACAUGAGAAAGACAAUAAAUGUGUAAUUAAAAAAAAAGCAGUCCAAAUUCUGUAAGGAAAACUUGCAUAAGCAUAUUGCCAAAAAAGAAGCAUUGCUUGUGUAGGUGAUAAGUGCCCAUCUACCUUGUGUUUCUGUGUGUUUCAGUCUGAUUCUCACAAUAGUUCCAAGUGGAAAAAAAGUAAUGCUUUCACUGUCUGUGCUCAGUAAAAAGCCAGAAUUCUGAAUCUUUAAAAAAAAAAACCCAAACCAACAAAACACAAAACCCGCAAAACCCCAAACAAACCCAGCUGCCUGAACUGAAUUACUGGAACAGGAAUUGGUUUCAGCAUAAGGACUCCGUAGAAAUCCUGCAGUACCUGGUUCUGUAGGGCUUAAUGCAAUUUGACAUAGGGCAGUUUGUCACAUAUUGUUAAAAUAUUUUAUAGAAAUGUACACAAAGAAGACCUUGUUUUCGUAGAAAGUACUAGAAAGUACCUAAAAGAGAAAAGCUGAGAUUCUAAAUAGGCUAGAAGCCAAUGUCCUUCAUCAGGUUAGCUGAUUAUUAGAUAAAACAGUCAGAACUAAACUAACAGAGGAUUUAUUUUGGCAUGACUCAAAUGAUAUUUGAAAGUUCAUGACAGUAGCUCAGGCUUGGUUUGAAGGAGAAUGUAUUAGUAAAAUUCCUAGUUGCUAUUUUGAUAUCACAUGAGCCAUUAUAACAGUUGAUAUGAUUUGAAUAAGUAAAAAACCAAGCAGGUGUACUUCGUUAUGGGCUUUCUCUGUGUCAUUAAGGGUUAUACAGGCAGUGAUUAAAGAGCAUGUAUGGUAUUCAGAAUUUCUAAAGGCUUCUACAACACAGUAUUUACUAAUUUUUUAGAAUAAUUACUUAAUUUUUGAACUUUGUUGUAACUUCAGUGAAUUAUUUUUGUGCACCACACCUGUUAUGGAUUCUAGUAAUGGGCCCUAUAAAAUGCUGCAGUAGUGUUGUCAUCCUGGAUGUACACAGUAUUUGUGACCAAGUGCUGAUGCUGUGUUGUGGAGGCUGUAAUGUACAAUCUUCUGGCUUGCCUUGUCAUGCUGGGCCUGGAGGAAAGGAAGAGAUUUCCAGACUUCCAGAGUGCUCAUUCCUGUGCCUGGUUGCAGGGGGAUAGGAUAGUGAGGGAAGCAGCCUAGCUUUUCUAAAUGUCAGUCAGCAAAAUACAGUGGUUCAACAAACGCUGUGCUACUGUUACUGCACUUUUUUACCCACUACCACUAUUACGAAAGAUUCAAAGGGCAUUAAUGAUUAAGAGCGGACACAAGUUCUGGGUUUUGUCUUUUGCAGACGUUUCACGUGAUAUUUUCUAUCAACUUCUUAAGGCAAAAAUGAUGCACUAAUGAUGCACAAAAGUAGAUCUAUAUUCUAAUGGUAGCAGGAUUCUUUAAGCCAUUUGGGCCUGGUGUAUAUGGAGUUUGCUUCUACCUACGUAAAGAUAAACUGCCACAGUCUGAAUCAAUAUAAGCCAUGUCUACAGAGAUUGUGAGCAAGCACAUAUGCACAUUUCCACUACCUUUGUUGACCUGGAGUAAUAGCAUAGCUUUAGUUAAGCUGCUAAUGUUAUGUAUAAAUCAAUUUUUGCUGGACACUGAUACUACAUGAAAAAACAUAAGGACAACACUGAUACUGCAUGAAAAACUUUAGGGACAAAUGUAACAAAUUGAAUUGGAUUUUCAUGGCAAGGUUUUGGUAGUGAAGAGGCUGCAGGGGUGGCUUCUGUCAGAAGUGGCUGGAAGUUUCCCCUGUGUCUGAUACAGCCAAUGCCAGCUGGCUCCAAGACACAUCUGCUGCUGGUCGAGGCUGAGCCCAUCGGUGAUGGUGGUAGUGCCUCUGGGAUAACAUAGUUAAGAAGGGAAAAAGAAGCCUUGCACAACACCAACUGCAGCCAGAGAGAGGAGUGAGAAUACAUGAGAGAAGCAACUCUGCAGAUAUGAAGGUCAGGGACGAAGGAGAGGGAGGAGGUGCUCCAGGUGCCAGAGCAGAAAGUCCCCUGCAGCCCAUGUCAAAGACCUUGGUGAGGCCGGCUGUCCCUCUGCAGCCCGUGGAGGUUAAUAGUGGAGUGGAUAUCAACGUGCAGCCCAUGGGCGACUUGAUGCUGGAGCAGGUGGGUGCAUGAAGGAGGCAAUGGCCCCAUGAGAUGCCUGAGCUGGAGCAGGCUCCUGGCAGGACCUGUGGCAAGAAGAGCCCACUCUGGAGCAGGAUUUGUGACCCUGUGGAGGACCCACACAGAAGCAGUCUAGUGUGUUCCUAAAGGACUGCACCCUGUGGAAGGAGCAUUUGCUGGGACAGUUCAUGAAGAACUGCAGCCCAUGGGAAGGACUCACCUUGGAUAAGUUCAUGGAGGACUGUGUCCCAUGGGAGGGACCUCAUACUGGAGCAGGGAGAGAGUGUCCCUCUGAGGAGGGAGUAGCAGCAGAGACACAGUACGAUAAACUGACCACAAGGCCCAGUCCUAGCUCCCCUGUGCUGCUUGGGUGAGGAGGUGGAGAAAAUCGUGAGAGAAGUUGCCUGGGAAAUAU